AUGAGCCUCUUCCUGGAGAACCCCUUCCGGGAUGUGUGCAUUAGGCCAGUGGUGACCGCUCCAUUUCUGCCUGAGAAGAAAGGCAGCGCGGCUGAGAUGCUGGAGACGCUGGAGGUCCGAGAGCGCACGAGUACCAGCGCUACCUCGCCGGAGCCUAGGCGCUUUGCUUGGGACCACGGGCCUCCAGACCGCCGAGCCUCGCGGAUAGGACAGCGGGAUUCGCGCGUGCCCUUGGUCGCCCUCGUCGUCCGCCCAAACCGGAAGCGGCGCUCCGUGGCCCGGAAGCAGCGCCGCGAGGUCCAAGAUGAGCUCAUGGAUAGUCCCGCCUCCAAGAAGCAGGCGCGCUCCGGCACCAGCGGGACGCCACGCCGGAAGAAGGGACGCCGCGGGGCAGACAAGGCUCAUGGCUUCAACCUGGAAGAUCUCACGGCUGCCCGCGCCUGGGAGAAGCUCAAAUCCUUGGCCUCCUUGUGCCCAGCACCGGAGAGUUGCGUGGAGACGGCGCUGGUGGUUAAGGAUCGGAUUGAGGGCCGUUACUGCAUGGAGGCGAUCGACUCCGAACGCUUGCAUUCCAGCAGGAUCCAGGCGAGCAAAGAGGUGGUGUGCUGGGGAGCAGGCACGACGGCACGAGUCGCGCACUGCGUGCGGCGUGCGAGGUUGGACAUGGAUGAAAAGAGGGACCAACCUUUUCUGCCAUGGAGUUUGAUAGGCGACUUCGGCCAGCUGGGUGACAACCAAGCCCGCUCCAGCCACACGCCCGUGCGGGUGCAAGGUCUGGGCCCCUCCCUGGUGGUCACUGCUGGUGGCCUCCACUCGUGUGCCGUGGAAGUGUCUGGACGCGCCAAGUGCUGGGGCAAGGGUGAGGACGGACUCUCCAGUGGGGAUGGCCAGUUAGGCUUCGGCGGCCGCUCCCGCCGCCACGACGCGCGCCCUGUGGCGCAGCUGGGCGUCGCGCUGGACGUGCGCGCGGGGGGAUCGCAUACCUGCGCGCUGGAGGCGGGCGGCGCCGUGCGCUGCUGGGGCUGGGGCGAGUUUGGGCAGCUGGGCAAUGGGCGGACACGGGAUUCGCUCUACCCGCUCCGGGUCCAGCACUUGGACAGCGCCAUCGCGAUUUGUUCGGGUGGCUUACAUAGCUGCGCCGUGGAAACUGGUGGCUCCGUGAAGUGUUGGGGCUGGGGCGAGCGCGGGCAAUUGGGAUCCUUCAAUGGCACACAGAGAUCGAGUAGCCCUUUUCCCGUGGAGAUCGAGGGGAUCGAGGAUGCGAUUGACGUGGCUUGUGGAUACCAACACUCCUGCGCCAUGAGCCAGAACACCACUGUUUGCUGGGGCGAUGGCAUUGACCGUGCCUGGGUUGUUCAAGAGACUGGUUUUGUAUGCCAUACCUUAUCUAGGUCGGUGAAAGGAAAGGACGGCUUUAGAUUCUUUGCCGAGGCAGCCUACUGUAAGUUGUUCCGAGACAGUUGGCAGGUCGUCCUUCCCAGAUGA